GGCCGGGAGGGAGCGCGGGGAGAAUAGCGCACGCGAGCGCGGAGCCCCAGGGCCACCGAGCCGGCCCCACCGCGGCGACCUUUUGGCCGACACGUGGGACCCUACAGGAGGUGUCGCAGAUUUCUGCUUAGCUGAUUGAUUAAUCGAAGGCAAAAUGGGCUAAUAUAUCUACGUUCAGAGUGCCGUCCUCUGCAAGGCCUCUGUGACAGACCCUAGGCCCAAGUCCACUCUGUCUCCACCCCAGACAUUACUCUGGGGUCCACCUGAGGCUAGCAGUGUGAAGAUGACCAGCACCUUCCUAGCAUGAUGACCUUGGACCAUGUGAUUGCUACCCACCAAUCGGAGUGGGUCUCCUUCAAUGAGGAGUCACUCCAUCCCAUCUCUUCUGAGGGAGGCACCGAAGAGCACCUCCCAAGACUGUCGUCUUCCUCAGACCAGUCUGAGAGCUCCUCUGGGGAGAACCACGUUGUAGAUGGAGGCUCCCAGGACCUUUCUCCCUCGGAGCAGGAUGACUCCUCAGAAAAGAUAGGCCUCAUCUCUGAAGCGGCCUCACCUCCUGGGAGCCCUGAGAAGCCCAUUCCUGACCUGGCCUCAGCCAUCAGCAACUGGGUUCAAUUUGAAGAUGACACACCCUGGACCACCACGUCACCACCUCGUAAAGAAACAGGUGAGACAGCCGUACCAUUGACCAUGCCCUGCUGGACAUGCCCUUCCUUCACCUCCCUGGGGAGGUGCCCUCUGGCUUCUGAGAGCAGCUGGACCACCCAUUCCGAAGACACCAGCAGUCCUAGUGUUGGCCCUUCAUACACAGACCUGCAGUUCAUCAAUGCUGAGGAGCAGACGAGUGGUCGGGCUUCAGGGGCAGACUCAACUGACAAGAGGACUGAGUGGCAGACAGGCAGGCAGACAGCCGUGAGUCCUGUUCAAGCAUGCAAGGAGCAUACCUCCACCCGCACCGUGGACCCCUUGCCACCCUCACCCCACCCCAGGAGGAGCCAGAGCCCCAGCGAGGGUCCAGAAGGGGGCCUUCCCACUCCUAGUGACAAUUCCUCCUCACUCCAGGAAGAUGAAGAAGUAGAGAUGGAGGCCAUCAGCUGGCAGGCAAGCAGCCCAGCCAUGAACGGGCAUCCUGCUACUCCAAUGACCUCUGCUCGUUUUCCCAGCUGGGUCACUUUUGAAGAUAAUGAAGUCAGCUGCCCUUUGCCACCAGUCACCUCUCCUCUGAAGUCAAACUUACCACCUAUUGCAUCUGUGAUCCCAGAUGUACAUAAUAACUCAGCUGGGUCGUUUAAGAAGAGGGAACGUCCCAAGAGCACUUUGAUGAACUUCUCUAAAGUUCAGAAGCUAGACAUUUCCUCCUUGAACCGUCCACCCUCCAUAACUGAGGCACCACCUUGGAGGGCGACCAAUCCUUUCUUGAAUGAGGCUCUGCAGGAUGUGCAGCCCUCCCCUAUCAACCCUUUCAGUGCUUUCUUUGAGGAGCAGGAGAGGCGCUCCCAAAACAAUUCCAUUUCUAGCACCACAGGCAAAAGCCAAAGAGAUUCCCUCAUUGUUAUCUACCAGGAUGCCAUCAGUUUUAAUGACUCAAGCAAAAACCAAUCACACUCCGAUGCUGUUGAAAAACUCAAGCAACUCCACAUUGAUGAUCCUGAUCGCUUGGGCAGUGCCAUGCUACCUGACGAUGACCCAAUAGCCUGGAUUGAACUAGACGAUCACCCGCCUGCGUCAGCACUGUCCCAGCCCAGGGAUGGAUGGCCAAUGAUGCUACGGAUCCCUGAGAAAAAAAACAUCAUGUCCUCCAGGCACUGGGGACCUAUCUACGUCAAACUUACAGAAUGUGGUUAUCUGCAGCUAUAUUAUGAGCAGGGCCUAGAAAAACCAUUCCGUGAGUUCAAGCUGGAGAUUUGCCAUGAGAUUUCAGAACCUCGGCUCCAGAACUAUGAUGAGAAUGGCAGGAUCCACAGCUUGCGAAUUGACCGUGUCACCUAUAAGGAGAAGAAGAAAUACCAGCCCAAACCUGCUGUGGCCCACACAGCAGAGAGGGAACAGGUGAUUAAGCUGGGCACCACCAGUUACGAUGACUUCCUGAGCUUCAUCCAUGCGGUUCAGGACUGUCUCAUGGAUCUGCCGGUGUUAUCAAUGGACUUGAGCACAGUUGGCUUGAACUAUCUUGAAGAGGAGAUUACAGUAGAUGUCAGAGACGAAUUCUCUGGCAUUGUGAGCAAAGGAGACAACCAGAUUCUCCAGCACCAUGUCUUGACACGGAUCCACAUUCUGACUUUCCUCUCGGGGCUUGCAGAGUGCCGCUUGGGCCUUAAUGACGUCCUUGUGAAGGGGAACGAAAUAGUUUCCCGGCAGGACAUCAUGCCUACCACCACCACAAAGUGGAUCAAGCUCCAUGAGUGCCGUUUCCACGGAUGUGUGGAUGAGGGUGUAUUCAGCAACUCACGGAUUAUUCUGUUCAACCCUUUGGAUGCAUGCCGAUUUGAGCUAAUGCGGUUCAGGACAGUAUUUGCUGAGAAGACCUUGCCUUUCACACUCAGGACAGCAGCAAGCAUCAAUGGGGCAGAGGUGGAGGUGCAGAGCUGGCUUAGGAUGUCAGCUGGCUUCUCCUCUAACCGUGACCCUCUCACUCAGGUUCCCUGCGAGAAUGUGAUGAUUCGUUACCCUGUGCCCAGUGAGUGGGUGAAAAAUUUCCGCAGGGAGAGUGUCCUGGGCGAAAAGUCUUUGAAAGCCAAAGUGAACCGGGGGGCGAGUUUUGGCUCAACUAGUGUGUCUGGCUCUGAGCCUGUCAUGAGAGUAACUCUGGGAACUGCCAAGUAUGAGCAUGCCUUCAACGCCAUUGUGUGGAGGAUAAACCGACUGCCUGACAAAAACUCAGCUUCUGGUCACCCACACUGUUUCUUCUGCCACCUUGAACUUGGCUCUGACCGGGAAGUGCCUUCCAGAUUUGCCAGUCAUGUGAAUGUGGAGUUCAGCAUGCCCACAACCUCUGCCUCCAAAGCCGCUGUGAGAUCUAUCUCCGUGGAAGACAAGACUGACGUCAGGAAGUGGGUCAAUUAUUCCGCACACUACAGCUACAAGGUGGAAAUUGAGCAAAAAAAGAGUUUGAAGCUGGACUUUGAAGGAGACGAGAUUGAAAAUCCGAGGGAGUGUGCAGUCCAGUGACAGAGCCCUACUGCAGGGGACCCUGACACAAGAAUAAUGACAGGAUCUCUUCCUGAAUAGCUGAAGUUCAAGUCAGCACCUACAUGGCUACUCCAUGUUGGGAACAGUGUACCAGACCUCCCUGUUUGCAGUUCCCUGUAUCUUCACAGGAAACCCUGAGGUGGUUGCCUUGGAAAGGCUGGUUGGCUCUGAUCAAGCCUGAAGCUCAUGACUCACCUGACUUUUGGAGCUUAUUGUAUAUUUAAGCCUCCUUGUCUUAUCCCUGCUUAUCUCACAGCACUGGUAUGGGUCUCGUUGUGACUAUUAGAGUCAGGAGAAGAACCGCCCACAUCAGUGUUUGGCAUGAUUUCCUUCUGAUGUUCAUUGUCACUUACAUGAGUUUCUGGAAAACACAGUCUUCAGAAGUUGAUUCACUAAGAAUCCAUCUCUGUCACUCCCUGUAGAAAAGGUUCUGAAAAGGUCAUCUAGUCCUUUUGUAGAUGUCCUCAUUUUCUAAAUGUAAACACUAUGCAACUGAAGUUUUCCAGACAUCUCUUUCGGUUCUAGAUUGUCUAGAUUGAAACACGUUUGCCAUUUUUCUAAGGUUCAGAUCCAGGGCUUGCCACCCUGAGUCACAAUAGACAAUAGAAACAAAGGUACAAAUAGGGUACUUCUGGAGAAGGGCAGCUGUUAAAGGGAAAGCAACAUUGAGCUUAUUUUUCUUCAUUCUGGGGAAAAGGGACAGUAAUUAUCAGAUUAUAUUCAGUUCAGGAGACAGCUUCAAAUUCAGUGAAUUCCCAAAUUCACACUGAAAAAUACAGGCCAUUUUUGAUUCCUGAAAUAAAUGGAUAUUUACAUAUUAUACCUCAGGCAUUUGCAGGGGUUUUGGGAGAUCAUUUUAUACCUCUUAGCCAACGGACAGCUACAUGUCUCUUUAACUCAAACUUUAUGGGACGUUUAGGCAGAAAUGUUCAUUUCAAAAGCUGUUUUAAAAGUAAGUUUGAAUGAGCUUUCUCCCAAAUUCAGAGUUCGAUAAUUGUAGUGCGGAAAGAGGUCUCUUGGCUAGAAAUGGGGAAAAGCCCAAUUUUUCUAGGGAACAUUAAACCCGGAUUGCAAGAGUCUGAGACACAAUCUUUUUCCCGUUCAUCUGUUCCUGCUCACAUUCUGUACCCUGCUUCUUCUUUGUACCUGGGUGUUUUCUCACCACACACGCACGCGCGCACGCACACACACACACACACGGGAACUACAUAGGCCAUCUCAAAGGAGAUGUUCACCUAACAACUUAGAGGCACCUUCUAUCUGCCCAUGAAGUAUAGAGCGAGGGGAGAGAAAGCAUGCUUACUAAAUUUGUAGAUGACACAACUGGACAAGAUACCCAGUUUGUUGGCUUAUGAAUUCGGAAUUCAUUUAUUCAGUGAGCAUCUAUUGAAUUCUAACUAUGCACUGGCACUAGGAUAUACAGAUCACUAUACUUUUUUGAAAUAUCUGAACAUAGGACUGAAACUAAAAGGAUGAAAUAGAAUAGCUAUGAAUGAGAAACCCUAUGUUCUGGGUUUUUUAAACACAAACCUAUAAGUACACAGUGGAGUGUGUGUCUGUGUUUUAUGGUGUAUGUGUGUGUGUGGAUGGGAAGAGUAUUGGGAAGAUUUGAUUUAACAGCUGUUCAUGUAGAAAUUUUUUUUAUGGAAAUGUGAGUUCAAUUUUGAGUCUGGAGUAUAUUAUGGUAUUCAAAAAGCUAAUGCAUUCAACCAGCGCUAAUAGAAAUCCAGGGAGCCCUGGACUCUGCAUUGGUCUGUCCACAGCUGGGUGGAGGGUUGAGUUCACUUCUGGGAACUACAUUUUAAGAGAGACAUCAGUAAAUUGAAUGUGUCCAGAGGCAGGUGAGUAGGUUGUGAAGAGUCUGACUAUACAGGGAACAUGAAUAAUUCUCCUGAAGAGCAGAAAGUAUAGUGGGAAGGGACAAGGAGGGAAUAUGAUAGCUGCCUCUAAAUUUCUAUUGAGCUAGAUAGAAGAGGAACUAAUUCUUUGUAGCUUCAAAGGACAAACAUAGAAUAAAGAGAGAGCAUUUACAGAUGACAGAUAUUUUUUCAAUAUAAGAACGUUCUAACGAUAAGAGUUCUAAAGAGGAAUAAACUCAAUGUCCUGUUUGCGCAAAUACAGAAGAAGAAAAAAAAAGUUACAGUGCCCAUCUAUCCUAGAUGCUAUGAGAGGGACUUUUACAUUGGAUUUGGGCUAAAUGACUACCAAGACCCCUUCUAAAUAUAGAUUUAGUCUGAAAAGUAAUAGGAUUCUAUAACUCUAGUUGCCUUUUUCUCAGUAAGUGGUUUUUCAUUCUCUCUGAAGUACAGUGGGGUCCCCUAGAGGUUUUUGUCAAGUGAGGACUUCAAGGCAUACCCCUCCCUCUUUGGUCCUCUGAGUGCAGUUGAAGAGUUAGCAAGAUUUUGAAGAUUUCAUCACCUUCCUGACCCCACCAAGCUUGGACCCUCUUAGGUCGGUGCCUCACCUGCUAGCAUUACAUAUACAUUGCUUGUUGGAUCUUAAUUUUUUCCUUGGUUAGUUCCAUUGCCUUAACUUCCACCUGGACCUUUUUUUUUUUUAAGACCAAGGGGCAGAAAAAUCCCUUCAUGCUAUCUACAUUCA